CCUGGAGUCAGCCAAGUCUGCUAAACUGCGAGGAGUGAAACCCAAAAAGACUCCUGCACCCCGGAAGACCACGGCCAGAAGGCCAAAGCAGCCCAGCCGACCUGCAGGAGGGAAGGGGGCCGCGUCUGGCUCGGCUUCAGCCUCCGCUGGGGAGAUGAGCAGCAGCGAGCCCAGCACGCCGGCACAGACCCCCCUGGCUGCUCCGGUCAUCCCCACCCUCCACUCCCCUGGAAACCCUCCAGCUCCCAUCCCCAGCAAGGAAGAUGUCACUAUGGAAACACAGGAAGAGGAGGCGCUGCGUAAUCAAGUGAAGGACCUGGAGGAGAAGCUGGAGACCCUGAAGAUGAAGCGCACGGAGGACAAAGCAAAACUGAAGGAGCUGGAGAAGCACAAGAUCCAGCUGGAGCAGCUGCAGGAGUGGAAGACCAAGAUGCAAGAGCAGCAGGCCGAGCUGCAGAAGCAACUCAAGGAGGCCAAGAGAGAGGCUAAAGAAGCUCUGGAGGCAAAGGAGCGUUAUAUGGAGGAAAUGUCGGACACAGCGGACGCCAUCGAGAUGGCGACGCUGGAUAAGGAGAUGGCUGAGGAGAGAGCAGAGUCUCUGCAGCUGGAGGUGGAUUCCCUCAAGGAGAAAGUGGAUGAGCUCACCAUGGACCUGGAGAUCCUCAAGCACGAGAUUGAGGAGAAAGGCUCAGAUGGUGCCGCCUCCAGUUACCAUGUGAAACAGCUGGAGGAGCAGAACAGCAGGUUGAAGGAAGCUCUGGUCAGGAUGCGUGACCUGUCUGCGUCAGAGAAGCAGGAACACGUGAAGUUGCAGAAGCAGAUGGAGAAGAAGAAUGUGGAACUUGACUGUUUGAGAAGCCAGAAGGAGAAACUGCAGGAAGAGAUGAAAGCGGCAGAAAAGACCAUCGAUGAGCUGAAAGAGCAGGUGGAUGCAGCCUUAGGCGCAGAGGAGAUGGUGGAGACUCUGACAGAGAGGAACUUGGACCUGGAGGAGAAAGUCAGAGAGCUGAGAGAGACGGUCACAGAU